CGUAUUCAACCUGCAAAUGUGUGCGAAGAUAGUAUGAUUUCUAUUAAGUUUAAUGAUUUUAACGAGCUUAAACGAAAUGCUGAGUUUAUGUAUUCAAACAUUAUAAAAAAUGAAAGAAUGUGCCAAGGUUCAGAGCAAAAGUUUUGUGCAUUAUGUUACUCAUGCUUAGGAAAAGAAAGGCAUCAAAGAGAUUGGAAUUUUGAUUGUGACCAUGUAGCAGGUGUCACUUUAUUGCGAUCAAGUGGCCCAAAAGAUUUCAUUGCUGCAUUUGAUGAACCGUCGAAUACUACAAUGGGAAAAAAUGAUGACGAUUGGAUAAUUCCGGGUCUUUUAUCACACAAAUCUUCAAUUUAUUCUGAUACAGAACAAUGGUAUUUAUUACAUUGGCUCAUAUGGUUAUCUGAUAAAUCUACUUUCCAUGAUCGACACUAUAAAGCUAUUGAUAAUUGGGAAGGUGGAGAAUUUUUUAAUUUACAUCUUUCUGACUACUUACGAACUGUAGUAAUAUAUAUUUAUGGUGGCACUUAUAUGGAUAUGGAUGUUCUUUGGUUGCGCAAACCAACUGAUGUUAAAAAUGAAUAUUUAGCUAUUGACCAUACCGAAACGUUUGUGGAUUGGAAUCUAGAAGGUGUUGAAUAUAUAGAAAAUUGUAAUAUGCGUCUACGUAGAUUACGACGAAUGUUUAAAGAUAUGAUGGAAAAGGUAUACUCUGAAGGUUAUGAUCCUAAUUGUAUCACUUGUGUGGGCCCUAUUGUUUUAACAAAGUUUGUUAAAGAGCAUCGCACUCUAAUAGAUAAAUCUGGCAUUCAUUUGCUUCCUGUUUAUUUUCAUUUUCCAUAUCACUAUUUUACAACCGUCGAAUUAAUAAAUCGACAUGAAGCGCCACUUGAAAAACUUUACAACUUAUCGCUUUCAUCAUGGUCUAUUCAUUGGUUUAAUCACGCUACAGAAUCGUCUAAAAUUGAUGAUGAAAGUGUACUUGCUACGGCUUUUAAAAAGUUUUCUUUAAGCGUAUCAGAUACAAAAUUAACUUUACAAGGACCAACGAAAUAUCAAUAUAAUUUUUCAAAUAUAACUGAUCAACUAAAUCAAAUAGUAUCCGCAAAUGGCCGUUUUGAAGGUUUAGAUGUGAUUCGUGUACAUGGUAAGUUAGAACAUGUACAUCAAGUAGAAAUUAGGGCAAAGACUCAAUAUGGCAUGUUGUCGUUCGAUCCAAGUGGAAGGG